GAGUUGGGGGGGGGGGGGGCACCGUAGCCCGGUUUCACAACGCUCCUCCCCAGUGGUGAGGACACCAUAGCGAGCCAGGAGCUUCUCAUACCAAGAGCGAGGCAGUGGAAUUUGACCCAGUUUGCAUUUCCUCUCUAACGUUGCCAGAAUCCAUUGUGUAUAGCUGCAUGGUUGGAUUUUCCAGGUUUUCGAUGUGGAAAGGCGUUAAUUUGGUGCCGGAGGAUCUGUGGAGGGCUGCUGUGACGCCGCGGGAGUGCGCAGUGGCUGGAGAAUUUUGACCUAUUUUCGAGUUGUGGGGUACAAUUCAAGCUUGCUGGAGUGGAAUUCUUCUAUUCGAAAUAGUUGGGGUUGUGGAAUUGGUGAAUUUCGUGAGAGCACUUCAUAGGGAGGAGUUUGGUUGAUGAAUUUCUGGAUUUAGUUCUAGUGACGGUGGCGAGGCGGAUAUCAUAAGCUGGCGAUUAGUCCGUGCCAGCACAUGCUUCGAGCAGGAGCUUUCCAGCAGGCGUGGCUUGAUUCAGGAUGGUCCUGUCUUUUGAAAGCGAUAGCUCUGGUAUGGGCCGGAAUACUUGGCCUGCAGGAUCAGAUGGAAGGCAAAUUCAUGAAGUUUGUAUGUCCUCUUCAGACUCUCAAAGGCGCAUGAGGUUCAUUCAUUCAAAUGUUGUUGGUACUGCGAGGAAUCAUAGACAGCGGUAUCGCGCACCAAGGGAGGAUUCUUGUACAGAAGAAUCCUCACCAAGAAUGUCUUUUCGCUCCUCACAUUCGGAUAGGAACUUCACACGCUCAUGGCGAUGUCACGAUCGGGAUAGGAAUUCAGUACAUGAAAACGUGGCGCCUUUGUACAGCAUUCCAUCUUUUAGUAGGAAGGCCAUAAGUCCGAAUGACUCCCACAGGUUAGGUGAUGAACCGGGGAACGAUCUUUCAGGUUUUCGGAGAGGAACUUGGGCAGAAAGGAACUCUGGGGCUAGGCUAAAGGAAGGGGAUAGCUCGAGGACGUUGUGGUCUGUUAAGGCUAUGGCAUCCUCUGACGUAGCCAGCUCAGCUGCUGCCACAGCCACUUCUUUGCCUUUCGAUGUGUUGCAACGCAUUGCGGGGUCUUUUUCAUGGCAUGAUCUUUGGAAUGCAACCUGUACGUGUAAGACAUGGAACAAAGCCCUUGCACCACUUCGAGAAGGGAUGCUCUUUUUGCACUACGGGAAAAAAUUUAAACAUGGCCAUGAAGUUUCAAAGAACCUGGAUAAAGCUCUGCAGAUGUUUACCAAGGGUGCUAUCCGUGGUUGUGCUGCAGCAAUGGUGGAUGCAGGGUUGCUUCUUUGGGAAAUGGGGAGGCGUGACGAAGGGAUCAACUGGUACAAGCAAGCUGCCGAGCUCAGACAUCCGGCCGGAAUGUGCAACUUGGGUCUUGCUUACUUGCAAGAUUCCAAUAGGCUAGUAGAAGCUGUGAAGUGGCUUAAAAUAGCUGCCACGGCCGGUCAUGUGCGGGCGCAGUAUAGCCUGGCGUUAUGCUUGCAACAAGGGAAAGGAGUUGAAUGCAACAUGCAGAAAGCUGCCCGGUGGUAUUUGCAAGCCGCAGAGGGUGGCAGCACGCGGGGCAUGUAUAAUGUCGCUUUGUGCUUACGAUCAGGUGAAGGUUUUAGUAGGAAUUUAUACGAGGCCAAGCGUUGGAUGCGUCGAGCUGCUGUGGCUGGUCAUAGUAAGGCGCAGUUUGAGUUCGGCCUAACCUUAUUUGCGGAAGGGGAGGGGGGGUCGGCAUUGGUAUUUUUGGAGCUGGCUACAAGGGCUGGUGAAACCGGAGCCACUCACAUCCGAGACGCCUUGUUGGUACAAUUACCUUCAAGAUUACGGGCCCACGCAUUGGCAUGCGCUGACAAAUUUCAAAAUGGAGGUAGCAUUUCGAGGUAGCAUGGUACUCAUUAGUAAAGUUCGUGUGCUGGUCUUCCUUUAUUUUGUACAUUAGGUAAUAAAGCUUCGCAUCGUAAGUUGAUCCGAGAGUCGUUUCCUGCCAAGUGUUACUGCUCGAUGUUUGAAGAGAAUGAUGCUAUCCAUGUGAUGCAAUGGAUGUCUUGCGAAGAUUAGAGUGAAGAUCUGAAACAAAAGAUGGUUUCCAAGCAGCUUCGACAGGAUCAUUGGAUUAGGAAUCAGCAGUUACUGAAACCUGCGCAUAGAUACAUCGUACAUUCUGUGCAGAAGUUGUGCACCCUAGCCUUCAUUUCUACAUUGACUCUUUCCUCAGAAUAGACAGAUGGUAUAUAGGUAGACCAUUAAUCAUCCUGCAUAUUGGGCUUCUAUUUAGUUUGCAGUACUGUCUGAACAUACAUGAAAAUCAUUUUCCAAUUCACAUCCAUCUCACCAGAGUGCAACUUAGAUGUAUUUUGUACCUCAAGUAGUGGAGCGAUUGAGUAGUGAUGCGGGGGUAGGCCUGAAGGCACGAGCCUCUUCAUUGGCUGGGGCCAUUUUUGGAAAGUUUGGAUUGCUUCAUUCCUGUACUUCCAUAUUGGCUUACAUCCAACUAAUUCCAACAGCUUGCACGUUUUUGGAAAGUUA